AUGUCUGGAUGUGACGCGAUGACUGGAGUCUGCGAUGCCUCGACGAAUUAUGCAGCUCCGAAUAGGUUGUUACCAGUCUGUAAGGAAAACGUGUGGAAGAUAAACCAACAGAUGAAAAUACUGGAGAUAACUGGAGAUUUGGAACUGUGUCCGUGUUUGCGGACGAGCGAUUUCCGAAAGAUGACCAAAAUGAUGUGCCGCACGAAUAUUUUGUGGACGAUCACGAUUUCGAAGUAG